GAAGCCGCCUCUUGAGACUCCCGACUGGCCGACUCACACUCGCUGUUAGAAAUUAGAAACAAAAAAUUAUCUCAGAGCUGAAUUUUCAAGCCAAAAUCUCUCGAUAAGCUUUCUACUACUCAACGAUUUGCUUAGAGUCACGAGCCAUGGCUACCUACCACCCAGAAUUCCGGACGACUGUUUUCAUCCUCCUCCUCUUCUUCACAGUGAACGCUUUUGCUUCAGCCGACUCGCUGUCGGAGCCCACCGUCUACGAUGUCCUAACUAACUACAGCCUGCCGAUCGGGCUCUUGCCGGACUGCGUGACCUCCUACACGCUCUCCGACGAGGGCUCCUUCGAGGUCUUCCUCGAGAAGGCCUGCUACGUGCAGUUCGAUUACUUGGUGUACUACGAGGAGAAGAUCACAGGGAAGCUGGGCAUCGGAUCCAUCACCGACUUGGACGGGAUUCAAGUGGAGAGAUUCUGGUUCUGGUUCGACGUGGACGAGAUUAGGGUUGACCUGCCGCCGUCCGAUAGUAUAUAUUUUCAGGUUGGGAUCAUCAACAAGCAACUCGAUGUGGAUCAGUUUCAGACCGUUCACACUUGCCAGGACAGCGCCUUGACUCUCUGUGGUGUUCCUCCGAGGAAAUUUCUUCAGCCCGCGGUGUAUGACUUGCCAAUGCUCCUUACAGAAUAGCGACUCCCCAGGUGCAGUAAGGGUGUUGGAUGGUGAUAUACUACUAAGCCAGGGUGCUGGACUCUUUUUUUCGUUUUCAGUCAAGGCAAAACUAGCCUUUGGUCUUUCCACAUUAUCUAGGGUAAAGACAAAAGUGUAAUAUAUAUAUAUAGCAAGAUACAAGUUAUAAAAUCCACCACCCAACACCCCGCUAGUUGGAUGACUUAAAAGCCUUUGAGAAUGAAUAUAUAUAUAAAUUAUAAUACAUAUGUAU